AUGACUAGUACUACCAAUGACACUCAUGCAUCCGUACCGAAAUGGAUCGGGGCUAAACUAUUUGAACAACUUUUAGAAGAAACUGUUGAAAACUAUAAGAACAUUAAAGAAUUUAUUGUUAAACCUGGCAUUGCAGCAGGAGAAAAUUAUGCCUCAGUUUUGUUAAAAGUGGAAAUUGAAGUUGAACUGAAAGAUUCGACCACAGCAUCUCAAUGUUUUAUGUUAAAAGUGAAUCAUGACAAUGAGCAAAUAGGUGAAAUGAUGAAAGAUUACGAUGUAUUUGAUAUUGAGAAGUGCAUGUAUGAUAAAAUUUUGCCAGCAUUUGAAAAAUUGUACGCUGACGUUGGAGUAGAAGUGAAUUUUGGUGCCAAAUCCUAUGAUUUACCAAUUAAAGAACAGUAUAUUUUAUUGGAAAACUUAUGUCCACGUGGUUUUAAGAAUGCAAAUCGUCUGGAGGGUCUCGAUCUGGAGCAUACAAAAUGUGUCUUGGAAAAGUUGGCUCAAUGGCAUGCUGCUUCAGCAGUACUUGCUGAAGUUAAAGGACCAUUCGAGAAGAAAUAUAUAGAGGGAUAUUUCCAAGAAGAAGGCAAAGACGCUAUGAAGACUAUGUUUGAGGGAAUGGGACAAGUUUUCAUUGAUUGUGCUAAAAACUAUUGCAACUAUAAUGAGUAUGCGGAUGAUCUAAACUCUUUCAACAACAGAAUGGUUGAUGAAUUAUUUGAAAUAGCUAAGCCCCAUCCAAUUGAAUUUAAUGUUCUAAAUCAUGGGGAUUGUUGGUCAAACAAUGUCAUGUUCCAGUACGAUGCUAUCGGCAAAAUCCAGCAAACUUAUUUGAUUGAUUUCCAAAUGUCAAAGUAUGGUACACCUGCUCAAGAUUUAUUCUACUUCCUCUUAUCAUCAACUAAAUAUGAAAACAAAAUACAACAAUUUGAUUAUUUCAUUAAAUUUUAUCACGAUAAACUGGUGGAAAAUCUUAGAUUGUUAAAGUACAGCAAACAAAUUCCCUCAUUAAAGGAAUUACAUAGAAUGUUGUUGAAAUACGGCAUUUGGGGCUAUACAACGUUAACUGGUGUUAUGGGAGCAGUACUGUUAGAUCCUACAAAUACUGCCAAGUUAGAAAAUUUCCUUGGAGAUUCGGAAGAGGGCUUGGCAUUUAAGAAGUCGAUGUUUUCAAAUGAUCGUUAUCGCAAACAUGCGGAAGCUAUACUUCCUUGGUUACAAAAUCGUGGUGUUUUCGAUUGA